AUGAUUUACAAUCAAUAAAUAAUAGCCUAAUAAUAAUAAUACCGAAUGCAAAAUACAACCGCUGUUAAAAUAUUAAUUAAGUAGUCUUAAAACAACAGUGAGCAUUUUUUCUGAAAUAUGCUAUUUGAAUCCGAGGAUGUUGUUGAUUGUGUGGACAAGAAAGGAAGAUGCACAGAUUUUAAAUCACUCAUGGAGGACCAGGUUUCCUCGGUGGUGAGUGUUAGUCCUACGGCUCUUUUCAGGACGCCACAGCACGCAGAAAACACUCGUCCCCGGAUGUCAAAUUAUGACCAGUGGAGCAGCGAGUCGGAGGGGGAGAGGGGUUUGAAUGAGUUUCAGAGGAAGAUGAAAAGAGAACAUCAGCAAGCACUCGCCUGUGUUCACAAGGCUUGCAUCGUUGUGGAGAGAAACCGCAGAAAACGAGUAACGGCAAGCUGUAAUAAACUCCGGCAGCUCCUGCCCCAGGUUUCCGGGGCACGCAGUGACAUGGUUACUGUGCUGGAAAUGACCGUGGCGUUUUUGGAAUACGUUAACCAAGCAACCCUUGAACACCUUAACAGGGAGUGCCUGUUUCCUCCUGAUGAUGUAUGUCGCUGGUGGCUGUCAGAGACUCAUCAGAAAAAAUGGCUGAGCCACAGGCAGGGCUGCAUGGAGCAGAAAACUACCUGCCAUUUCAGGUCCAGAAAGAACUCCUCUCCUUUGAAUGCUGUGCAUAGAGAGAAGCUGAGUGGCUGAAUGAUUCCAAAAGGCCCCCUGAGCACUCCUAGAAUGCUGUCCACCAUUUUGCGGCCACAUGCACUCCUUAAAUUAUAUUAUACCCCCUUCUUCUGGUACUCGCCAACACAAUCACCUGUGACCAGUGGCAACCCACUACAAAUCACCAUGGAUUGCUCCUCUGAGACUGGGUCCAAAGACAAACUUCUCUCCAGUAAACCCACCUCCAUGUCAAAAUGGUUCCGAAAUGCCGAACAAGAAUAAAGAAGAAUUGAACAAAAGGAAAGAAAUCCUAACGAUGAUACUAGAUUAAGAAAUGUGAAGAUUGCUUGAACUUCAUCUGAAUGCUUUCAAAAAUAUUUUUAACAUUUGAACGUUUGAACCAGGACUGUACUUGAGAACACAACAAAUGAGUCCAUUUCAAUUCAGGUUAUUGGUAAAUCAAGACCAAGACCAUGGGGAUACUGAGACCAAGAACAUACUUUUUUUUUUUUUUUUUUUGAAGGCUACCAUUAAACUUGAAGUGUAAAUGAUAAUCUAUCUAAAGGCAUAUUUCAGCAAAACUAGCAUGUUUUCACAAUCCCAAACACCACCUUAACUAUUCUACUGUGGAGGGGGAUAGGGGCAUGAUCAUAAAUGAAAAUAUGCAAAUAUAGCUGUGUCAGUGGAUUUGGAACUAGAACGCCAAACUGGAAAUUUGGAAAAUAGCCACAGACAUGAAAUACACCAGUUACUCAUCAA